AGUAUUUAAUAGUAUCUCGCUCAGGAAUCUGCGUUAAAAUCUACUUUCAAAUUGCACAGAUCCAAGUAACAAACAAUGCAGCGCCGCUCAACGGUGCAUGUGCAAAUUAACAAACAUGGCAGCGCUCAUGAUUCAAUGUAAUGUUCAAAGAUAGCUUUAAAUAUUAUAAGAGUCGAAACCCUUGUCCCGAUUUGAAAGAUGUAAUUGAUUUAGAUAAGCCUGAUUAUAACAAAGUUAUUGAUUUUAGAGGGAAGUUACUCGAUGAACAAUGUGAACUUGAAUUAGGUUUAAGACCAGUGGGAGACUGGAAAGUCUUCGAAUUUCGAAAUAUUCCAGGUCUUAUUUUCAUAAAAAAUCCAUUUACAAUAUACGGACAACGAUAUUGGAUUAUAAAAUGCUUAAAAGAGUACUCAAGAAAGCCACAUAAAUUAAACUUAGAUGCUCAUAAUCUUUUAAAUGAUGACGAAGAUUGGUGGGAUAAAUGUUUUAGAAACUCUAAUAAAGGUAAAGAAUUAUUAUCAAAAUUAAGAUGGGCAACAUUUGGUUAUCAUCACAAUUGGAAUACAAAAUUAUAUUCUGAAUCAUCCAAGACAAAAAUGCCUAUUGAGUUGUCUUUGCUGACUUCAUUUUUAGCACAAACAUUAGGUUUUAAGGAUUUUAAAGCUGAAGCAGCAAUUAUUAAUUAUUAUAGAAUGAAUUCAACUUUAUCAGGUCAUACUGAUCAUUCUGAAGUUAAUGUGGAAGCACCCUUAUUCUCUAUAAGUUUUGGUCAAACUGCAAUAUUUUUAAUCGGAGGACUUACACAAGACGAUGCAGCCAAUGCCAUAUUUUUACAAAAUGGAGAUAUAAUAGUAAUGUCUGAAAAGUCCCGUUUAAGAUAUCAUGGCAUACCAAAAAUUUUACCAGCUACCAAUGCACCAUGGGAUAACAAAGAAACAAGUGUCAAUAAUCAAUACUGUGUAUGGAAUCAAGAUGAUUGGAAUAAAGCAAGAACUUACAUUUCUGAAGCUAGAAUAAAUAUGAAUAUAAGACAAGUGUUGAAGCCUGGACAAUCGUCCUUGUAGAAUAUUGUACAAAAUAGCUUUGUAUAUUUUUAUUAAAAAUACUUAUAUUAAUUA